CCGAUCGUAGGCCAUCGCUCCUCCAGCCGCGUGUCGCGUAGUGGGCAGCGAGACGUCAAGGAAGUAGCAUGCCCGACGACAACGAGGGCAACAUCGGCGCUGUCACCUCCCCGGACGUGCGGUCUGAGCCCUUCACGGAGGAGGCCGAGAAGAGCGGCGGCAGGAGGCCGUCCCUCGUGUCCGACUUCAACCGGCGCCAGGCGUACGUGCUCAACUACGAGCACAUCGCCGCCGACGCGGGCAGGAGGGACAUGCAGCAGGUGCUGUUCGACCCGGGCGACAUCGCCGACGAGGCCACCGAGGUCGUCGUGGACGCGUACGUCAUCAAGGUGCCGCGGGCGGACCGCCCUGCGCGGCGGACACCGGCUCGGGGGCCCCCUGCGCCCGCGGCUCGACUUGCAGACGACGGCGACGACGACGACGAAGAUCCCCCCCAGGGCUUCGACCGCGGCCUCGAGCCUGAGAAGAUCCUCGGGGGCACCUUCACGCCCAACGGGGAGCUCGCCUUCCUAAUGAAGUGGAAACGAGACGCCGUCUGCGACCUGGUGCCUUCCUCCGAGGCCAAUCGGCGCUGCCCGUUGGUGGUGCUGCGCUUCUACGCUGAGCGCCUCGCCUUGUGGAGCCAGGAGGAUCCGGAAUUCUUUAGUACGCUCUUCAAAGAAAUCAACGAGGAGUGAAGAAAGAUGUUGGGAGCUGGAGCGACACUUCCAGAUGGAGACAGAGAGGUCUCGGUGUGACUUGCGGAGAUACGGAGGAAUGGAUUGCUACACUUUGGAGAAGACUGGAAACUCUUCGGAGAUUUUAAGCCAAACUUCGCUCACCUGGCUAGCAGGCAAGAUUCAAAAUCAAAUGUACGCCUAGUAAAAAUGGAUACAUAAUUAGAAAUAAAUGAAGUUCUAUGAGAUAUGAA